AUGGCCGCUCCCUCCCUCCACCCGCUCGUCGACAACGGCGUCUCGCAAGGAAAAGCCAACUUCCCAGGCGGAACCCUCUACUGCCACUGCCCCUCCAACAAAGUCAGCGUGAAGCUCACCUCCGACGUCCUCCACAACCACGCCUGCGGGUGCUCCAAGUGCUGGAAACCCGCGGGCUCGCUCUUCUCCGUGGUCGGCGUGGUGCCCACCACCGCGCUCUCCGUCACAGCCAACAAAGAAAAACUGUCCAUCCUCGACAAGAGCGCGCCGAUCCAGCGCUACGCUUGCACGGGCUGUGGUGUGCAUCUGUUUGGGCGUAUUGAGGUCGACCACCCGUUCAAGGGCCUGGACUUUGUGCAUGUUGAGCUGAGUGAGGGGAAGGGGAAGGAGGGGUGGCAGGGGGUGCAGUUUGCGGGCUUUGUGUCGAGUCUUAUUGGGCAGGGAUUGGAGCCGGAGCUUGUCCCGAGUGUGCGUGAGAGACUGGGCAAGUUGGGACUGCAGAGUUAUGAUGCCCUUAGCCCGCCGCUGAUGGAUGCUAUUGCGACGUUUAAUGCGAAGAAGGACGGCGUUGUGUUUAAGGCGUCCAUUUAG